AUGGGUUGUGGAAGCAUCUCGAAAAUAAAUGAAAGCGUAGCAAACAAAAAAAAACAAAAUGAAAUAUAAGUUUAAGAUAUAAAGGGGAUUAUAGAGUAAAAUUUAAAUGAUAUAAAAAUAAGAAAUCCUCAAUUAUUAAUUGAAGAAAUUGAAAAAUAGCAAACCAUUUAAAAGUAGCAAUAAGUAGACUAAGAAAACAAUGAUAAAAUCAGCAAUAUGAGUGAUCACCAUUCAAUAAAAAUAGUUUCGAAUAAGACAUCUCCAAAAACGACUUAGGAAACAAUUCUUAGUAAGCAAGACUUAAUGCUAACAUAAGCAAUUUCAAAACACAGUCAUGUUUUUUAUACUGAAAUACUUCAAAAAGAGGUUUUUAAGCUCUCUUCUAAACUAAAAAAACAUAUAAAUGUAGGCCAAUUCAAUCGUAAUGUCAAUCAAGCUAAGCGUAUUCAGAACGAAAUUAGGAUUUUAGUGAAGAACUUGCCUAUUUAUUCUACCAAUAGCAUAUUUGUAAGAUGUAAUGAGCUUGAUACUAAUCACUUUUAAUGCAUAAUUAUGGGGUCAAAAGACACUCCUUACGCUUAUGGAGCUUUUGCCUAUGAUUUACAUUGUGAUUACAGCUUUCCUAACUAGCCUCCUAAAAUGAGACUGAUAACUACAGGUGGAGGGUCAGUCAGGUUUAACCCUAACCUUUAUAAAGAUGGCUUUAUUUGUCUAAGUCUACUUGGAACUUGGAAUGGACAAAAGACCGAAAAAUGGAAUGAAUCAACUUCUAAUAUAUUACAAAUUUUAAUAAGCAUCCAAUCCCUUGUCAUGAACGAUUAAGUCUAUUACAACGAACCCAGUGUUGGAAAAUAAAAUCAAGAAAAUGAAAUGAGAAACAGAGCUUACUAAAAUAUUAUAAAAAUAUCAAAUAUAAGACACGCGAUGAUCGAUUAACUUAAAAACCCUGACCCAGAAUUUAGAGAUAUAAUAAAAAUGCAUUUCUAUUUGAAUAAAAUUGAAAUACUUAAUUAAUGUGAUAAGUGGAUAAUAGAUGCAAAACAAAGUGAUGCAUCUAAUACAAGGUAUGAUGCUUUCGUAAGAUCUCACAACUAUUACUUAGCUCAAAGAUACAAAUCAGACUACUCUCUUUAUGCAAAAGAUUUAAUUGACACAGUUUAUGAGCUCAAGUAAGAAAUUCAAAAAAUAGAUAUAUCAACUCUUCCCCUUUAUCAAGAAUUUCUUCAAAACAUAAAUAAUCAAGCUGAAGAAAAAUGUCCUUCAAUUGAAGAUAAACAAUAAUAGCAAUAAAACUAGGCCUUUUCAAAUUUAAACUAAACCCAUUUUCAAGAACAUGUAAUUGAUAAAGACCCUCAUUUGAAUGAAUUAGUUGAAGCAAAGGAGAUAUCUAUUUGA